ACAGACAAACGGCUCACUUGUCUGCAGGUGUCCAAACACUGUUCUCUACUAAAAUUGAUUCAGACAUUUUUGGGGACGCCAAAACAGCAAAGAUGGCUGGUCUCUGGUGGAUCACUGUGACGAUGGUCUUCUGUCUGCCUGCUGGAAGUUUGGCUCAAAUAGAUCAAAAACAGCUUGAAGGACUUGUAAAACAGAUAAGAACAAAUAUCAAAUACGAGUACAAUAUAAAUACAAUGUAUGCCGUGGCUGCAAGUAUUCCGAAGAAUCAAAACCAACUUUCUUAUGACCUCACAAAGGUGAUGCCAAACCCACAGACAAACUGGAAUGACGACAUCCUCACGACUCCUAGACUUGUGGUAGCCACAAAGAAAGACGUAACCAAUAACAAUGGGAAAUAUCUAUAUGCUGAACAUGCAGAGUGGCGUCUUCUGCAGAAUCUAAAUCUUGAAGGUCAGGAUGGUGAUUUGUUGGUCUUCUUCUCUUAUGCCAGUCCAUGUUUAACAAGCUGUGCAGAUCCAAAAGGAAACUACAAGAUCACUGAUGGGCUUAAAACACUCUUUAAAAAACACGUUUGGGGGGAAAAGGCAUUUGUGUUUGAAGUUAUAUUCAAGCCACGUGGGCAGGACAUUGAUCCAGAUGCAAUAAAACACAGUACAACAGAGGCCCUGACAAAUAUUGGGAACUCCAUUGGUCGCGAAAACAUAUUUCGCUGUUACAGGGAUAAAUAUGGUAAUUACCGUUGCGUCAGAUGCUUCGAUGGUAAUCAGAUUGACCAAAACUGUAUCUCAUAAUGAACCAACUCAUUUAUGGAACAAGGCAUGUGUAAAAACAAAAAAGAGAAAAAAAACAUUGCAUCGUCCACUAGAUUAUCAAUGUUUCAAUUUCAUUUCAGAACCUAAAGUGUCCACUCGCACUCUGCUCGUUCUCUUUCUGCCUCUAACAUGGAAUUUACUGUAUGAGUAAUAACUCCGCUAAUUAAGGUCCAGCUAGGUUUAUAUUUGUCUUAUCGCUAUUUUUAUUCUCAUUUUUAAAGUAAUGCAGCUCAGUUGAGAGAAAAUCACCUCAAAGAGCACAAUUUAUGUGCUCUUUCAUUCAAUGUUUAUGUUUAUUUAACUCCCCGAGGAUUCGAACAAACAACCAGAAACCAAAUACAUACGUAAGAAUCACCUGCAACAUUACACAUGAUUAGUAAACAUUAUCAAAUCUAAUUUAUUGUUUUGUUAGCGGUAAAUGAUUUACUGAAAGUUAAUCAUCCAUCAGUUUACCGUUCAUUGAGAAUAAUUGGUGUGAAGUGUUACUUUUGAUGUGUUUGUUGGUGCUUUUAUUUUACGUUUGCAGCUUCACUUUGAGUGACAAAUGGAAAACUGAUCCAGUAAUGUCACUGUUAGCUGAAGAGAAGGUUAACAGAAAACUGCAGUCUGUAUUUACAUCAUUUUAAUGGAGAAUAGAUGUUUUUACAUCAUUUGCGUCUUUAAAGCCUGAUGAAAUCUUCUCUGAUUAAAGCUUUGCUCAGCAAACA